GAAGCAUGCACGAACUCACGCGCUGAAGAUCUGCCUCUCUCUUUCACAGACCCACACAUCUAUCUUCACAGCACUGACGUACAGCUGUUGGAUGAGCCUGGGAUCUUCAAAAGCCUUUCUUACCAAGCCUACUACUCCUCACUUUCUCGCACGAUCUCUUUCUGAGUUACACCCUGCGGUAAUCAAAAGCAGCGCUUUUUGUUGUUCUUAUUUUUGUUUUUUUACAAGUAAAGGAAAUCGAAAAUACACAUAAAUAAAUAUAUAUAUUAACUUUACACCGAACGGCACUCCACGCAACGAGGACACGCCGCAGAUACAGGUGUUUUGGGCACAAAGAAACGGUUACCGUAUCUCGCACCUUCUUUUUACUUUUUUUCCCGCUUCUUUCUUUGUACUGUUAAUUCGUUAUUGCGAACCACUCAUCGUAUUUCACGGCGUACGUGUUCCACGUGCUGAAGUUGUGGGUGUGUGCGCCUGUGUCCCCCUAAAAAAAGGAAACAAUAACAAAGCGCAACGUCACCUGUUUUACAACACAACACAGUAGAUUGUUUUCUUUGCUUUCAAGUAGCUGCUUUUCGUGCUCUUCACAAAACAGUCGGCAGAGAUACUGCAAUAUCUUUUUCGCAUUAUUAAAAGAAAGAAAAACGUCUAAACCCCAACAAAUACCCCCACAACCACAUUUUCUUAGGCACAGUACGCACUCCGUCUAUUUCACUGUUUGGAGGACUAUUUCCACCCGCCGGUUUCGCUGUGUGUGCUGUGUAGAUCGCUGCUUCCUUCCUCCACCUCAGCGCGACUGCUAUACUCGAGUUCUGGCCUCUUUGUUUUUCCUUUGCUUGUCUUUCUCUGCUUUGCCUUCUACCGUUCUUUAUUCUUCUUUUUUCUGCUUUCAGCUGUCGUAGUGCGUCUUCUCUCGUCCUCUCCUCUGUCGCUUGUGUGUCAUCUUGGCUGCAGUCACGGCCAAGUCCGUCCUAUUCUGGGUAGUGGAAGUAGAGGGAGUGAAAGAAGUCUUGUUCCUUCAUCAGCGCCACCGCUGUAGUUUUGAGACUGCUAUUAUUAUUUACAAGCGUACGACGGACUGAGCCUCCUCAGUUCUCUCUUUUUGUUUUGUCUGUGCCAGUCCACUUCUCCGUCUUGGGGGAGGCGUUGCUGCUCUUCGCCCUCAUUUGCUGCCGCAUUGGUGUGUCCCGUUGAAUCGGCGUUGAUGCCGCAUUUCUGAUUGGACGUUUCUGACACCUUUCUUUUUGUUCAUCUUUGGUGCAGACCAGGUAGGACGCCUCGUCCCUCGAUGAACGCGGAGCUGCCGGCAGAGAUGCAGGCGAUGUCGACCAACCCCGCCAAGGUGCGGCACCACGCCGACCCUCUGCACGACUACCGCAGCGAGCACGUGAAGCUGCAGGAGAAGUUGGCGGAGAUGUGGGGAGCGGAGGAGCCCUACACCCCCGUGGUGGAGGAGACCGGGUCGUUCUUUCAGCGCUACUAUUAUUCGUGGGUGUACAAGACUGUGCUGCUGGCCUCGAAAGAAAAGUUGAAGAAACAUGUACUGCCGCCGCCCACGAGGGACUGUCGCGCGCACGAGUGCGGAAAGCGGAUUUCGCGCAGCAUUCAGAAGGCGAUGUACGCGCGCAACGCGUGGAACUGCAUGGUGGGGACGGCGGUGGUGAGCACCCUCGACCCCGCGAGCCGUGGCGUGCUGCGGUGGGUGGGUGUGCCGCAGCAGGGCGGGUACACGCGCAUGAUGGCGGGCGUGGAGUGGAGCGUGCCGCCUGCGGUGCGCACGGCUGCCCGCGGCGACGACAGCGCCGUGUCGCCCUUCUUCGACGGCGUGGUGCACGGCGAGCACCUCUUCACGCCGGAGCACAGCGACAUGUCGACGCUGGAGGAGGUGACGCAGGUCAACCUGGACUUCUACUGCCGCGGCGGGGUGGUGGCCAUUCCAACCCCGCACAACGUGCCCCUCGUUCGCAUUCUCGCCACCGAUCUGUCGUACUACCUCCUCAUGCAAAACCCGUUUCUUUUCAUCAGCAACGUCUGCACUAUCGCGAUGCCGCUGAUGUUGAAGAAGUUCGUGCUCUACCUGAGCGCUGAGGAGCACACGUGGCGUGCCGGCUUGGGCCUGGUGGUCGCCAUUUUCGUGCUCCAGGCUGUCCAGAGCGUGUGCGUGCACCGCUACAACUUUCUAUCCAUCAAGGGUGGCGCCCAACUCCGUGCCGCGCUCAGCACGGUUGUGUUUGAAAAGUGUUUGAUUAUCUCUUCCAAGUCCCUCGCACAGCCGGAGAUGAACGCCGGCCGCAUCAUCAACAUGGUCAGCACCGAUGUCGAGCGUUCCUACUUUUUCAUGCAGUUUUGUAUGGCCUUCUGGAGCAGUCCAAUGAUGCUGGUGCUCGCGUUGCUUCAGCUGUACGAGUUGGUAGGCUGGUGCACCAUCGUUGCCGUCGUGGCCUUCCUAGCAGUGCUGCCCCUCAACGGGCGCCUUGUCAUGCAGAUGCGCAACGCACGGCGGAAUCUGAGUAAGGCCACGGAUAUCCGCGUGAAGGGAGCGAACGAGUUCUUCUCCGGCAUCCGUAUCGCGAAGUUCAUGACGUGGGAGCCGCGCUUUAUCGCCAACAUCGAGGCAAAGCGGGAGACGGAGAUCUUUUUCCUUAAACGAAUUCAAUACACGCGGGUGGCAACGACCUUUCUCAACAGUGCCACGCCGAUGGUGAUGGUGGCGCUCGUCUUCACCUUGUACUACGCGACGGGGAAUGAGCUCACCGCAACGGUGGUGUUCCCCACCAUUGCGCUGCUAGGAAUUCUCAAGCAACCCUUCCAGCAGAUUCCCUUCGUCUUCACGAUGAUGGUGCAGUUCUUCAUCGCCAUGGGCCGUAUCAGCAAGUUUCUCGAGUGCGACAACGCGGCGUGCUCCACCGUGCAGGACAUCGAGGACUACUUCAAGGAACAGCACGAGCACACAACGGCGUGCCAGCUUGCCGCGGUGCUCGAGAACGUGGACGUGACGGCGUACGUGCCGGUGAAGCUGCCGUUCGCCCCGAAGAUCAAGACACCGCUGAUCCCUCGCAUGCUGCGCAUGAUGUGCUGCGGGAAGUGCAAACCGACGAGGCGCCACCCCGCGCCAGCGGAUGUGGUGGAGGGGGAGGCCCGAAUAGGGUCUCCAGCAGGUUCACCGGGUGGAGGAGAGGAGGGGAGAGGCGCACCAAACAUGAACGCGGAAGAGUAUUUCGAACUCGAAAACAAGGUGCUGCUCCGCGACGUCUCGGUCGCGGUGCCGAAGGGGAAGCUGACGCUGGUGCUUGGCGCGACGGGCAGCGGCAAGUCGACGCUGCUGCAGUCGCUGCUGUCGCAGUUCGAGCUGACGCAGGGCCGGAUCUGGACGGAGAAGAGCAUCGCGUACGUGCCGCAGCAGCCGUGGAUCAUGAACGCGACGGUGCGCGGCAACAUCCUGUUCUUCGACGAGGAGGAGGAGAGCCGGCUGGGCGAGGCGAUCCGCGUGAGCCAGCUGCAGACGGACUUGCAGCUGCUGGGCUCGGGCCUCGAGACGGAGAUCGGCGAGAAGGGUGUGAACCUGAGCGGUGGGCAGAAGGCGCGCGUGAGCCUUGCGCGUGCUGUGUACGCCAACCGCGAGGUGUACCUGCUGGACGACCCGCUGUCUGCGCUGGACGCGCACGUUGGGGAGCGCGUUGUGGACGACUGCUUCCUCGGCGCUUUGGCCGGGAAGACGCGUGUGCUGGCGUCGCACCAGAUGCACGUUGUGCCCAAGGCGGACUACGUCAUUGCGCUGGGGCACGGCAGCGUGGAGUUCAGCGGGAGCAGCGCGGACUUCAUGCGCAGUCCAAUUUUUGCCUCCAUGGAGGCGGAGCCCAAGGCUGAAACAAAAGUCGCUCUUCGCGAGGCGCGUGAGUCAAAGGUGGCAACGACGAUGCCGGGGGCGUCGGUGAGCGGGUGCACCCCAACGCUGGAGACGCCGACGGCGGAGAAGGAGUCGUGCUCACACGAGGCUGCCGUGGCGGAUGACAAUGGCGAGAACGGCGAUGGCGCGGCGAAGGAGGCGACGGGCCGGCUGACGACGAGAGAAGAAAAGGCUCGUGGGUCUGUGCCGUGGUCCACCUACAUGGCGUACUUCCGGUUCUGCGGCGGUGGUCACGUGGCCCUCGCGGUGGUGGGGAUCUUCUUUGUGACGGAGCUCCUCUCUGUGUCGAGCAGCCUGUGGCUCUCGCUCUGGUCCACGGAUCACUUCGGCUGGGCGACGCCGAACUAUCUGAUUGUCUAUCUCGUGUUGGUGGUCGUGGGCUCUGCCAGCACCCCGUUGCGGCUGUCCUUUACCUUCACGGCUAUGCGGCGCGGUUGCAUUGGGAUGCACCGUAAACUCCUCCGCACCGUCGCCACCGGCACGACGGAGUUCUUCGACAGGACGCCGAUGGGCCGUUUAAUGAGCCGCUUCUCGCGCGACAUCGACAUGAUUGAUAACGGGGUUCAGAUGACACUGCAGAACACGUUGGAGUGCUUCUUCUCGAUUGCCUCGUCCAUGCUGAUCACCGUGUUCUCUCAGCCACUGGUAAUUCUCGUGCUGCUCCCCGCCGGCUUCUUCUACUACCGUCUGAUGAUCUUCUACAACGCAGCAAACCGCGAGACACGGCGGUACACAAGUGUGAUGAAGACGCCGGUGUUUACGCUUCUGACGGAGCUAAUCGCAGGUGUGGAGACGAUCACCGCGUUUGACAAGUCUGCGGUGGUGAUGCAGGAAGCCCUGAAGCGACUCGACGUGGUUUCCUCCUGCGCGGUGCUGGAGAACGCGCUGCGGCAGUGGGUGGCGGUGCGGAUUGAGUUCCUCUCCAACGUCAUCGUCACGUCGAUCGCCUUCGCGGGCGUGCUUGCCUGCAUGACGCGCUUUGGAAGCUCCAACGUGGGCCUCGUUUCUCUCUCGCUGACCAUGGCGAUGCAGACCACGGGUCAGCUCAACUGGCUGGUGCGCAUGGCGGCAGCAGCGGAGGCGGACAUGAACAGCGUCGAGCGCAUUCAGUACUACAUCCAACACACACCGACGGAGGCGAUGCCCACCCUUGACAAGGAGACCGACGCCUUGGAGAAGCACAGUGGCGUCGAAGCGGGUGCGACGGACACGGUGGUGAUUGAGUCCGUCAGCCCCACCGCUGCCGCACCGCACGUCGUGAGGGCCGGCGCGCUCACCUUGGACCACGUGCAGAUGCGGUACCGCGAGGGGCUGCCGCUUGUGCUGCGCGACGUGAGCUUCUCCAUCGCGCCGCGCGAGAAGGUGGGCGUUGUGGGCCGCACGGGGAGCGGGAAGUCGACGCUGCUGCUGACGUUCAUGCGGAUGGUGGACAUCUGCGGCGGCGAGAUCCGCGUGGACGGGCGCGCGCUGGGGUCGUACGGGCUGCGCGAGCUGCGGCGGCACUUCUCGAUGAUCCCGCAGGACCCCGUGCUGUUCGACGGGACGGUGCGGCUGAACGUGGACCCGUUCCUGGAGGCGUCGUCCGCGGAGGUGUGGCACGCGCUGGAGCUGGUGGGGCUGCGCGAGCGCGUUGCGUCGGAGACGGAGGGGAUCGACGGGCGCGUGCUGGAGGGCGGGUCGAACUUCAGCGUUGGGCAGCGGCAGUUGAUGUGCAUGGCGCGCGCGCUGCUGAAGAAGGGCAGCGGGUUCAUCCUGAUGGACGAGGCGACGGCGAACAUCGACCCCGCGCUUGACCGGCAGAUCCAGACGACGGUGAUGAGCGCGUUCGCCGAGUACACGGUGAUCACGAUUGCGCACCGGCUGCACACGGUGGCGCAGUACGACAAGAUCAUCGUGAUGGACCACGGCGUGGUGGCGGAGAUGGGCAGCCCGCGCGAGCUGGUGAUGGACCGGCAGUCGGUCUUCCGUGGGAUGGUGGAGGCGAUGGGCACCGACGGUGUUUCUGGUUUUAUUUCUCUCGUGGGCGGCGUCGUGGCUACCUAA